AUAGAAACUCUUCACGUUUAUCCAGAGAUACAGGCUGCCUUAAAAGUGAUAAAAACAUGUAAGAAAGGCCGCUUGAAAAGUUUUAAGAAUCGUUUUGAUGCUAUAGCAUAUGCAAGAACUGGCUGCAAACAAUCUUCUUGCAGUCAGUCUGUGACAACUGCUACGGUGCAAGAUUCUAGUAAUUUUAAAGCACCAAGCACGCAGGAACUGAUAGCUUUUAAAAGAUUAAUCGAAGACGGAGAUUUGGAGGCUGUGAAGAAUAUUGUAUGGGAAAAUCCGAGAUAUCUAAUCAGUAGCGGAGAUACGCCUGCCAUUUUGCAGAUGGGCUCCCGAUAUAAUGCUUUACACAUAGCGGCGAAAAAAGGCAAGCCGGAAAUGUGCGAAUUCAUAUUGAAUACCGUUGGAGAUCCCAAAUUUAUGCAGUGGCAUUAUGGGGAAGAUAAAUGUAAAACUUACUUAAAUCCUGCGGAAAUUAUGCAGGAUUUAUACUUAAAUACACCAGACAAAGGACUCAAUGAAACUCCGUUACAUUUUGCUGUUAAAUUUGGUUUUAAGGAUGUCGUUCGUAUUCUUGUCUCUUAUUCUCAAUGCAUUAAGAUCUUGCCAAACAAGUAUAACCAGUUGCCUAUAGAGCUACGUGUGUGCAUGCAUGCUGAGAGAUAGAGAAGAGGGAAGGGAGAAAUAGAGGAAAG